GGUCCAAGCCCACUUAAGGAGGCCCAAGCUCUAUAUAAGGAGGCCAAAGCCUCCAAGCCAAAGGAUCCUCGCUUCCCUUCCCACACUCUUAGCCUAAGGUCUCUCUUUAAACUCUCUCUCUCUCUCUCUCUCUACAUACCAUAAACCGCUUCCUAUAUGGGACUAGCUUGGGCGUCAGAGCGUAGAUCCCGGGGGCCGCCCCUCGCCUCACAGGUUCUUCCACUCUCGAGGAGAUCAGACGAAGGAGUCCAGAUCGGAGCCUCAUAACGGUCUAGUACAUUCUAGGCUCAAAUAAUUGGCGCCCACCGUGGGGCCAAGAUUCUGGUACUCUUUUUCGUUUGAUUUCUGAAAGAGGGGAAGAAAUCAGCUCCUCCAUCAAUUACAAGCAGCCGCAACAACUAUCAAAAUAGACGAAAGCGGCCGGAGCAAAAGAAGAAAAGUAAAAAAACUAAGCAGACCAAUCCAACCUCUCGAUCGGUGACAUUGCUUCUCGAGGCCGGAGCUUUGGUGAAAAAGAGGAAGAAAUUGGGAUCUUUAGAAGAAAUAUAUUCUUUCCACUCCAAGACAAGCGACGAUAGCUAGGUGCUUAGAAGACGAACUAGCUAGGAAGACGAACAACAGCCGAAAAAAAGAGGAAAAAAUGUCGGGUUCAGGGGACCUUGCAAGUCGGAGACACAAUCGGCGGCCGGAGAUCCAGUGAGAAAAAGGAAAAAGAAGCCUCAAAAGUCACACUCUGUUCUCACCUCGUUCUUGUACAACUUCUCCUCAAAAACUGCUCUACCGCUACUUUAGCACUCUACCCCAACAUCUUUGACCUUUGUGACUAAAUUUUUGGUUCACACACCACAGGUUACCUCCACCAGGCAUUGCCUUGUGGGAAUUUGGCCCACUUUACUGUUUCCACUAAAUCCAACCCGCCUACCCAAUCAGACCGCACGGGUUCGGAUGAGCCUCACAUCGGGAGCCUGCCUAACGUUCUGGCCCGCCUCAAUUGACCUCUCCGCCUCCAGCACGGGGUCGCCUCGGCUCAGACACCACAGACCCAUCGAGACCCCUGAGAUCAUGCCAACGCAGGACUCCAACUCUCAACAUUGGCUCGUGACAAGCGGUCCGCUUCCAACUGCUCACCAUGUCACCUUCGAGCCCACCUCUACCAAGUGCGCGGUCCAAGCCCAUUGCGCGGCCCGCUUCCAAUUGCUCGCCAUGCCACCUUUUUCGCCGUCCCCUCCGCGGUCCAGGCCCGUUGCGCGGUCCGCUUCCAACUCCAGGACCAUUGCGGCCCGCUUCCAACUGCUCACCAGGUCACCUUCUUCGCCGUCCCCUGCGCGAUCCGCUUUCAACUGCUUGCCCCCUGUCACCUUCGAAGCCCACCUUCUUCGCCGUCCCCUUCCAACUCCCGGCCCCAUUGUGCGGCCCGCUUCCAACUGCUCACCAGUUCACCUUCUUUGUCGUCCCCUGCGCGGUCGAAGAGCCCAUUGCGCGGCCCGCUUUCAACUGCUUGCCCUGUCACCUUCGAAGUCGUCCCCUCCCUGUCUAGGUCCGUUGCGCGGUCCGCUUCCAACUCUAGGCCCCAUUGCGGCCCGCUUCCAACUGCUCACCAGGUCACCUUCUUCGUCGUCCCCCGCGCGGUCGAUGCCCAUUGUGCGGCCCGCUUUCAAAUGCUUGCCCCCUGUCACCUUCGAAGCCCACCUUCUUCACCGUCCCCUCUGCGGUCCAGGCCCAUUGCGCGGGGUCCGCUUCCAACUCCAGGCUCCAUUGCGCGGCCCGCUUUCCACUGCUCACCAGGUCACCUUCUUUGCCGUCCCGUGCGCGGUGGAAGCCCAUUGCGCCGCCCGCUUUCAACUGCUUGCCAUGUCACCUUCGAAGCCCACCUUCUUCACCGUCCCCUCUGCGGUCCAGGCCCAUUGCGCGGGGUCCGCUUCCAACUCCAGGCUCCAUUGCGCGGCCCGCUUUCAACUGCUCACCAGGUCACCUUCUUUGCCGUCCCGUGCGCGGUGGAAGCCCAUUGCGCCGCCCGCUUUCAACUGCUUGCCAUGUCACCUUCGAAGCCAUCCCCUCCCUGUCCAGGCCCGUUGCGCGGUCCGCUCCAACUCCAGGCCCAUUGCGGCCCGCUUCCAACUGCUCACCAGGUCACCUUCUUCGCCAACCCCUGCGCGGUCGAAGCCCAUUGCGCGGCACGCUUUUAACUGCUUGCCCCCUGUCACCUUCUUCGCCGUCCCCUUCGCGGUCCAGGCCCAUUGUGCGGCCCGCUUCCAACUGCUCACCAGGUCACCUUAUUUGCCGUCCCCUUCACGGUCGAAGCCCAUUGCGCGGCCCGCUUUCAAUUGCUUGCCCUGUCACCUUCAAAGCCCACCAACCUUCGAAGCCCACCUCCACCAAGUGCGCGGUCUGCUUCCAACUAGCUCACCAAGUCACCUUCGAGCCCACCUCCACUAAGUGGGUAGUCCGGUGUACAUCCUCGACCCAUCAUGCUCUGUACAUUAGAUCCACCAAGUGUGCAAAGAAUUCGACCCGCUCAGUAGCAAGCACUUCAACUACAAAAAAGAAGAAAUGCUUCCACCAAGAAUCGAACUCGCGUUCAAAGAGUUGACAGUUAAGGGUUCACACCAAUUGGGCUCAACAUCAAUUAGUGCUACAAUGACGACCGCUCUCCUAUUUAAAAUUUAACAUCCAACAGCGUUAGUCCACUUGCCAGGCCCGUCUCCCAUCAGCCUGUGUGGCCCGCCUUCCGUUUCAGUCCAGUCAACCGCGCAAGCCCAUCUCAAACUGACCGCCUUCCAAUCCACCCGCUCUGCCUCCAUCACAAAGAAAUAAAAACGCACACAAAAAGAAUCGAAACGUGGACCUCUUUCUCGUAAUCAGGAUGCACAACCAGCAAACCAGAAGAUAUCUUCGUACAUCAAUAUCGCAGCGACCAAUAUUUAUUAACUUCCCACCGACCAAUUAGGGCGCGGCGGCCUCCAAAGCCCAAUCCGCUCCACAUCCGGCCAUCUCUGCAUCCAUUAAGCUUCAAUGGCCCGCGGGCCAUAUCUCCUUUCUCCACAUUUGGACUGCCCAAAAGAAGACAAGAGACGUUCAUAAAAAAAGCAGAGAGCCGCCUCUAUCAACUUUCAAACCGCCAACCUUUCCUCUAUCGGAAGACACACAAACCAGUCCACUACAAGGCGCAAUACAGAUCAACAACGCAG